AUGCAGGGCGCGGCCCAUCUCAAGAGCCAGCUGUUUGCCAAAGGCGAGGAGCGGCAAGUCGAAGUCAACCAGCGGCAUCUCAUCGAUAAAAUCUUGGCCCGCUACAGUUCCGAGUUCACCCUGUUUCGCGAGCUCAUCCAGAACGCCAACGAUGCCGGGGCUACGCACAUUGAGAUCGUGCUCACGUCGCCCACCUAUCGUCCUCCCUCCACGUCACCCGCUACCGACUCAGCCUCGACAACGGCCUCCUCCACCGCUGGCGCCGUCCCCGAGUCCUCGGCCUCGUCCGCCGCCUCGUCCAUCCUCAGCAUCUUCAAGUUCGGCUCGUGGACCGCCGGCCCGGCACUAGAGAAGGAAAAAGAAAAGGAAAAGAACGAUGGCGACGGCGGCAAAAAGAAGCAGACGAAGAGGGCAGACGACCAUGCCCUGCAGUUCGGAUCCUGCGAUGCCACCGAGAUCAAGAUCCAAAACAACGGACGCGCGUUCACGGAGGAGGACUGGACGCGUAUCAGGAAGAUCGCCGAGGGCAACCCCAACUCCGACGCCUGCGGCAUGUUCGGCGUGGGCUUCUACUCGGUGUUUGCCAUCUGCGAACAGCCCAUCAUCAAGUCGGGCGACGAUUGCCUCAUUUUCCAUUGGCGCGGUGAUAUGCUGGUGACCACGAGGGCCAAGGUGGAGGAUACGACUGAAGACGCCGGCGUCGCCGUUGAAGAGGAGGACGCCGAGCGUAAGGCGGCUGUGGCGACGGCGGCCGAAGCGGCGAAGCGGAAGGACUGGGUGGCGUUCGUGCUCGAGACGCGCGAGGUGAUGCCGUUCGACCUCGACCUGCUGAGCCGAUUCGUCGUCAAGUCGGUCUCCUUCACUACCAACGUCCAGUCCAUCUCGCUGAUCGUGAACGACAUCAAGCUCCUCCAAGUCCACACCAAUGUAGAUAAACGGAGCACGGAGGCGCGUGAGAAGGAGACUGAGGAGGUGGCAGUGCCCAGAGUUACCAAGGACGACGUGAAGCGGCGACAGAAGGAGCACGGCUACAUGUCCAUCGCCUCGAUCAAGGCGCAGAGGAUGACGGUCAAGGUCGACCGAUAUCCGUUCACCAAGCCUCUCUUUGUAAAGAUGCGUUUGCUCAACGCACAGGUGGACGUGCACUGGGAGUUCUACCCAACGUACCUCGAGAACAUGAAGCGCAUCCUCAAGAAGACGCCGCCGAGCCGCACCAGCAUACUCCUGCUCUACAACUUUGACGAUGACGACGAAGAAGCUUCCGACCAGUUGAAGGCCUUGGACUCGACCACCAACAAGGCGAAGGGCUCGCAGUACGACCCCACGGCUUCUUCAUCGUCAUCGUCGACGUCGACGCCCGGUGGUGGCCUGUCGUCGUUUUGGUCAUCGCUGGUCAACGGUGGUCCAUCGUCGUCAACGCCGGCACAGCAGUUGAUCGACGAUGGGCUGGGCGGCGGUCAGGCCAGGAAGGUGGACGACCUCGUGGUGGACCUCUUCCCGUGCCCCAACAACGGACACAUCUUCAUCGGCUUCUCGACCCAGCAAACCACCGGCACCGGGUUCCACCUUGCUGCCCAGCUGAUCCCCACGGUCGAGAGGGAGAACAUAGACUUCCAGGAUGUGUACAUAUCCAACUGGAACUGCAAUCUGCUGGCUGCCGCGGGCCAGGUCUCUCGCCUGUACUACGACCACAUCAUGAAGAAGAUCGAGAGCACUCGCAUCCAACCAGAGCAAGAGCAGAUUCUCGAGCGCGAGAUCGUCAAUUUGCUCUCUGCUCACAGCUUCGCGCAGAGUCACCCGAGCGAGAAGGUCGUCCGACUGCUCAAUCAGUACUUCUUCGUGCACCCACUUCAGUACGCCAACGUGACGCCGCUCGCCCAACAGCAACGAAUUCCGCCGACACUGUUUUUCAUUCCUUCGACCGCCGGUAUAUUGACGUGCGACAAGGUGAGGCUGCCGUACCUGGACAUGGAGGAUUUUCUGGUCCAGCGUGGUUCCGGGACGACCACUGCAAUUGUUCCCAAGUCGCUGCUCAAGAAGUGCGACAGGUUCUUCCACCACCUCAAGGUCCGCAACAUGGUGCGCGAGAUCUCGUUGGACGACCUCCUGGACGAACUGAAGCGUAGGGAGCUCUCGCUGGACGAGCUCACCCAGGUCGUCAAGUGGUUCAGCAAGCCGCAGGUCGAGUACGCACUGUUCGUGAACCAACGAAAGAAUGUGCUCAAGCUGCUGUCGAGCCUGACGGUCGUCGUGCGCGAGACCAAGGAGCAAGAGGUAAUCGAGCCAAGCGGUGACGGCGCCCCAGCGGCGACGGCCGCCGUGGUUUCGUUCCGGCCCGUGCGCCAGAAUCUGGGCGAGGUCCAGUUCUUCGUGGGUGCGAGCAAGGCCAUGCGCGGCCUGCCCCUGCCGCCCGCCACGCUGGACCCGUUCAUUUCGGCCUCGCUGAGCGCGGUGCUGCACAAGAACCUCCUGCUCAAGCGGUUCGGCUGGCGCGAGCUCACCGCCUGGGACUGGUGGGGCCACAUCCGCAACAACCUACACCUCCUCACCGCCCCAGGCGGCACGGAUGUGUUGAAGCACAUCGCGGAGUUCUUUCCGCACCUGCCCGAGGGCAACAAGAACGAGGUGGUGGCCGUGCUGCGCCAGGUCGCCUGCAUUCCUAUCGAGCCCAGACAGGCGUUUAGGCGACCGGAGGAGGUCUACUUUCCGAGCGUGCGGCUCUUCUCCGAUAUCGACCACGUGCGAGCCGACAUCAUCCGCCACGACACCAAGCCCUUCCUCAAAGCCCUCGGCGUGCGCGACACGGUCGACCUGAAGCUCGUGCUCGGGCGUCUGGAGCAGCUGCGAUGGAACGUCAGGGACCUGGUCGACUACCUGACCAAGCAGCAGCCGUCCUUCACCCCGGCCGACUGGAAUCUGCUUCGGAAUUCAGCAUUCCUGCCGGCUGUGGUCUACAAGCGUAAGGUGGCGACCGCUUCCGCCGCAGCUGAUGACAGCACCACGCCCAUCCCAGCAGCAGCGCCGGCCGAAGGCGGCGUUAUGGCCGUCGGAGCGCCGGUGGCGCAGAGGCGGAGGGCCGCGGCGGAUGUGUUUGCGACCGAGUUCGAUGAGAUGCGGGACAACAUCCCGCGCAAGGCCAGCGAGCUGUUCUUCCCGGCCGACGAGAUGAAGGCCCUGGGCUUUAUCGUGCUCGACUGGUCGCCCAAAGCCGCCGACCAGCAGCAACCGCAGCAGCAGCUCGACCCCAAGUCCAAGCAGGCCCAGCUGCUCAAGAAGAUCGGCCUGCUCGACAAGCCCGACCUCUUGUCCCUCGUGAUACUCGCUUCCUCCUACCCAUACGACGGGGCGGACGAGCACAGCGAAGGCGAGCAGAUGCGGGAGAAGAUACUCAAGUACAUGGAGGCCAACGCCGCGGAGCUGCUCCGCGCCCAGCCGCACGGCUUCAACGUCCGCGACAUCGAGAUGCGGUUCCUCCCCGCCCGUGCCCGGCCGCCGCCCGAGGUUGGUGCGCAGCCGCAGCCGCAGGCCGAGUACGGUCGGCUCCUGUGCGACCCCAAGCGAUGCUUCCUGAACGACUCGCCGUUCGGGUUCCCGGUGGUCGAGGAGCGGUGGCGCGGGCUGGCCAAGAAGCUCAAUAUCGCGGCCGACCCUCCGCUGACCAGCAUCAUCGACAUGAUUGUGAAAGCGCCGCCGGCGGACCAGAAGAGCGGCGAGGAGGUGUUCGAGUACCUCUACUCGCGCCUCCAGGAAUUCACCCGCGAGGACCGCCGCACCCUGCUCGCCACCCCCUUCAUCCCGCUCACCUACGGGCGGCCCACCGUGCGGAUGUCCGCCACCCACGAGGUUUUUAUUACGGACAGCUUCCAGCUGCUGAGGAAUGGGGAGAGGAGGGACGAGCAGCGGAAGCAGAUCACGGCCAGGCUCACCAAAACGCGCCAGGCCAUCCAGGACCUGGAGACCAAGAAGGGCGCCGCGCCCACCUCUGACGACAAGCUCCGCGCCAAGCUGGCCCGACAGGAUCCCAAGGCCUCCGCUGCUCAGUUUUCGCAGCAGCAGCACUACCUGUUCCAGCUCAAGACGCUGCAAACGGAGGAGAGCAAGGCGCUCAAGGAGCUCAAGCGGCUCGAGGCCGAGGCGGACAAGGAGCUCCGCGACCGCGCCCCACCGGCCGUCGUCGCCCCCGCCAGCCCGGCCGCCGCCGCUGCCGCCACCGCCGUCGCCGCCGCCAAGCGGUCGGCCUUUGACGUGUUCGACAAUCUGCUCGAGUUCGUCGACUUUGGGGAGCGGGGCAACCAGUUCCUGCGCAGCUGCGGCGUCGAGGAGUACCCGACGCCCGAGCAGUUCGCCAACAACAUCAUGCGGCACCACCAGCGCUACCUGGCCAAGAACGGCGUCGCGCGGUACCUCCGGCUGCUCUCCCUCUUCGCCGCCGCCUUCCCCCACAUCGCCCCACCGCCACCAACGACCACCACCGCCACGCCGGCCGUGUCGUCGUCGUCGGCUCUGCUGAAUCAGCUGCGCCAGUGCCCGUUCUGCGUGGCCCUUCGGUACACGGACGAUGACGAUGACGAUGGCGGCAGCGGCGGCGGCGGCGGCGGCGGCAAGAAAGGUGGAAAAGAAGAGGAGGAGGAAGAGGAGGAGAAGGUGCGGGAGGAGACGGCGUUGAUGAAGAAGGCGAGCGAGUGCUACCUGAUCGACAACGAGCGGUUCGCCAAGCUGUUCAACCCGCCGCGCAUCCCGCAUGGCUCGGGCGACGCCGCCUUCUCCUCGUCGGCUCUCGAGAAGAUGUACGAAAGCCUCGGUGCCAAAUGGAUCACGAGCGAUGUGAAGACGAGCUGCCAGCGGGAGGGCGAGCUGCGGGCCACGCCCAAGGCCAAGAAGCUCAAGCGUCUGCUGACCGACCGCAAGCCCCUCCUGGUCAACAACAUGAACGGCCAGCGCCGCAAGAACCUGCGCUCCAACGCCGAAGACGUCCUCAGCAAGCUGCAGGUGUUUGCUGUGGCCAAGAUCGAGCGAGUGCUCACCUUCAAACAUCAGCGCGUCACCGAAGAAGCCAGCGUCGCCGUCAUGAACCACGAGAACGGCAAGCUGGCCCUGUUCAUCGUGGAGGCGAUGGAGUUGGACUACUUCGACAUCGGCACCGAGCUGGUGGGCCUCCUCUACCGCAAGUCCGUCCACGACGACGCCCUCCUCACCGCCAUGCUCCUCCAGACCCCGCUCCCCACCCUCCGCAAGCGAGGGUGGCCCGUGGAUCGGCUGUUGCAGAAGGAGGACGGGGGCGGCGCCGGUGCCCUGGUCUACCACGGCGCCGUGCAGCCGCGCGAGCUGCAGCUGCAGCCAAGUGAGCCGCCGGUCGGGAAAGGCGGCGGCAGCGGCCGCGAAGGCCGGCAGAUGACGUCAGCACCGCCGUUGUCGCAGCCGCCCAAGGCCGACAGUCAGCCGACGAAGCGGCCGUCGGGCUUCUUCCAGUCGCUCUGGGACGCCAUCGCUGCGCCGCCGGCGCCAGCGGCACCGCCGGUUACGCCAAAGCCGACCACCACCACCAACGCCCCGGCGCCGCUGCAGAUGGAGACGACCGGCGGCCGAAGAGCCAUCGCCGCCCCGGCCGAAUCCAGCGCCGGUCCUCCUCCGCGCCAGGUCCCGGACGUGCAGACAGCCGGCGGCGCUGAGAUCGUGAGCCGCGUCAAGCAUGAGGCCGACGACCCGAUCGACGCCCAGCGCAUGUACCAGCAAAUGGAAAGUGAGGCGAAGAGGGCACUGCAGGGCGUGAGCCAGGGCGCGUCGCAGGUGAUCCACCAGCAGCCCGGCGAACGGAACGAGGUGAACUACUUCUGCGAGGUGCUGCCCGAGCAGACGCUGGUCAACGUGGACCAGGUCCACGGCGUCACCCUCUACCUCGAGGAGGGCUCCACCCUCGGCGCUCAGGUGAUGGCCCAGGUUUUGCUGCAGCUGGCCGGCGUGUUUGGGAUUCCCGCCAAUUCGCUGCACAUGUGGAUCGGCUACAAGGGCAGGCGCAUUGCAUUCAACCGCGGGAACAGCCUCUACUUCAACCUCACCGUCUUCAUCGACCUUCGCUUCCGAGCCUGUUGA